UUCAAUGCACGUUUGCAAGGUUGGUCUGGGCUGUCUCGCCGAUUCCUGCUCUCCCUGGCGGAGAGUGGUCAGAUUCCCUAUACUCAAAUAUGUAUUGGGUCCUCAACCUUGAGAAUGAGUGUCCUCAGCUAAAAGAACAAGCUAUCUUGGUUCCUUGGCUGCUUUGGAGGCUCUGGAAGAAUAGAAAUGAACUAUUGUUUAAAGAUAGAGAAUUUGGGGUUGAGGAGGUUCUAAGAAGGGUUAAGGAAGAUGCUGCGGAGUGGCAGAUGAGAAAAGAGGAGAACAGGAAUAGCGAGAACAUAAUGGCGAAGCAGACAAAUGGGAAAUGGAGGAGCCCACCUGCCCAAUGGGUUAAAUGUAACACUGACGCAGCUUGGCAAUCUGAUGGCCACCUUUGUGGGUUAGGAUGGGUACUCCGGAAUGACAAGAGUCGCGUAUUAUGGAUAGGGGCUAGAGCUUUACCAAAGCUUAAAAAUGUCCUGGAAGCAGAGCUUGAAGCAUUGAGAUGGGCAGUCAUUAUGAUGAGCAGAUUUAAUUAUAAAAAGAUCAUCUUCGAAUCAGACGCUAAGUCCUUGAUUGAUCUUUUGAAUAAGGAUGAAGACUGGCCAAGUUUACGACCCUCCCUGCAGGACAUCCGAGCGAAGCUCCAGCUCUUUGAAGAGGUUAAAUUUCAGUAUACGCCAAGAGGAGGGAAUAGUGUAGCCGAUAGAGUAGCGAGGGAAUCUCUUUCUUUCACGAAUUAUGAUCCUAAGCUUUAUUCUGUUGUGCCGAGUUGGUUAAAAAACAGUGUGGAUUUAGAAUAUGGUUUGUAAUAACGUUGGUUAAUGAUGAAUUG